GCCGCUGGUGAAGUGCCACUACGUGUUAUUCAUUAUUGUUUUUGAUUAUACAAACACAAUACACACACUGUACUCGACGUUACACUCGCACAGACGUGUUGCCUCUUCUUCUUUUUUAAAAAAUACUUCUCUCCCGUGUGAGCGCUGCUACGAGCUCACACUUUUCGACACGCCACUGGUCAUUAAAAAACCACGCAGAGUGUAUCGACGAGGGUACGAACGACAACGACAAAACAAAGCCCAAGGUAUAUCAAUGGCUGCCAAGUUCACCGUGAAGAACCCGGCCACCGGUGCCGUCGUGGGCGAGUACGUCCAGCAGCACGCGGAGGAGGUCGCGAAGGCCGUGGCUGGAGCACGACACGCGCAGACGGCGUGGGCGACGCUGAGCUACAACGAACGCGCGAAGCACGUGCUGAAAAUGAAGGCCUUUCUCGCCGCCAACGCGGACCGCGCGUGUGAGGUAAUCACGGCGUGCAGCGGCAAGGUGCGCCAGGACUCCCUUGUGACGGAGGUGAUAUCCGGUGUGCUGGCCUGCGACUGGUAUGCGAAGAAUACGAAGAAGGUCCUCGCCUCGCAAAAGCUGCCCACCGGCUCCACAUUUUUCGCCAACAAGAGCAACGAACUGAUCUACGAACCGGUCGGUGUCGUGGGUAUCAUCUCGCCGUGGAAUUACCCCUUUUCCAUCCCCUUCGGCGAGGUGCUUAUGGGGCUGAUGGCGGGCAACGCGGUGUUGCUGAAGGUGGCGACGAACUCCACCCCCGUUGGCUGCUUCAUCGACGACGUCGUGAAAGCGGGCGAACUCCCGCCGGGGCUUUUUCAGCACCUUAUUGUCGGCGGUGCAGAGGCGGGUCCGGCCUUCCUGGCGGCUGGCAUCAACAAGCUUUUCUUCACCGGCAGCGUCGGCGUGGGCAAGAAGUUAAUGGCUGAGGCUGCAAAGACGUUGACGCCGCUGUCGCUGGAGCUUGGCGGCAACGACCCGAUGGUGGUGCUGAAGGACGCCGCGAUUGAGCGGGCGGUGAACUGCGCCUGCUGGGCCGGCUACCAAAACGCGGGGCAGAGCUGCGGCGGUGUCGAGCGCAUCUACGUCGACGAGUCCAUCUACCCUGAGUUUCUCGAGCAGCUGAAGGCGAAGACGGCGGCGCUGCGUCACGGCCCGGACAGUCCGAACUUCGACGUGGACAUGGGCUGUGUGACAACGAAAGGGCAGUACGACACGAUCGACGCACAGGUGAAGGAGGCGGUGGCGCAGGGAGCAAAGAUUGAGGCGCAGAGCCGCCCCGUCCCCGGCUGCCCGACGGACGGUCUCUUCUACCCGGCCACAGUCCUUUCCGGCUGCACGCCGUCGAUGCGUGUGAUGCGCGAGGAAACCUUCGGACCGAUUCUACCGGUGGUGCCCUUCAAGACGGAGGCCGAGGCCAUCCAACUUGCGAACGACUGCAACCUCGCCCUCACGAGCAGCGUCUUCUCCCGCGAUGCGAAGCACGCUAAGGCGGUAGCGAUGCAACUACAGAGCGGCGUGGUGAGCAUCAACGACCACCUCUAUUCCCACGGCAUGGCCGAGGCACCAUGGGGUGGGUGGAAGGAGAGUGGCCUCGGCCGCACCCACGGCUAUCUCGGCCUCAAGGAGAUGUGCAACGUGAAGUGCAUCAACACCGACGCAGUGCCGUCGGCCUGGAUGCCGCGCAACCUGUGGUGGUACCCGUUCAGCGCGGACACGUAUAAGCUACUGCGCCGCGCGCUCGUCUUUGCUGCCCCGAACAGCUGUGGCAGCUGGCUGUCCAGCGUGUGGUAUGUUGUGACGCACAGCGGCAGCAUGUUCCGUGCGUGGAAGGUGAAGGAUAAGAACGCUUAG